UUACUAUGGAUUAAGACAAAAUUAGACAACAUCUUUUGAAUAAUCUUGAUCACUUACUUACUGGAUUACUAUCUGGAUUCUGGGUCAGAAUAAUUUUCUUCCAGUCUUCCCUCCUCCUCUUCUGUGUUGCUUGGAAAAAGACUCUGUAUGUGUGUUAACUGUGUGGCUGACUCUCACAUCUUUAGGGUAAACUGGAAUACUCGGAGAAAAAUAGGUAUUCUCAUGAUAUCUUCUCUUUCCUUCAUAUUUAUCCUUUUCUCUGGCAUUGACGUCUUUCAUUUUUGUUCCAUGAACAGUUCCAUGUUCAUUCUAAACUAUAUUUUCUCAUUUUCAGGUCUCCAUAUGCUUAGUCAAAUCUCCAUAACUGUAAAUCAACACUAAGAGCACUGGAUAGUUAAGGUCAAGGAGACUCUCACAAAGGAUCCAGAACUUGAAUGUUUGCUCCUCACCAAGAAUCUGGGAGAAGAACAACUAAAAGAAUGAGUGCUUCUCUGGAAAACACUGCACAGUGUCUAUUAACCUUCAAGGACGUGUUUUUGGACUUCUCAUCGGAGGAAUGGGAAUGUCUCAAUUUUGCUCAGAGGACAUUGUACAUGGAUGUGAUGUUGGAGAAUUACAACAAUCUGUUGUUUGUGGAAAAUCACUGCAUAUGUGGAAACUAUGAGAAGGAGAAGGUCUUGGAACAAGACACACAGCACAUUGUCAAUGAGCAUGGGCAUAACCGAAAGAAGUCUUCUAAAUGUAAUGAGCUUAGAAAUGUGAUCCAUGAAUCCUCCGAAAGUACACCUUAUAACACUAACCACAGAGAUGCCACUCUCCAAUCCUCAAACCUAAAAAGACAUAAAACUGGGACCACUAAAGGAGUUUGCACAUAUAAAGACUGUGUAAACUGUUUAAAGGGGUCUUCUAUCAUUAGUCUCAAUCAAGGAACCCACAUAGAGAAGAAAGAACACAACAGAAAUAAAAAUCUUGAUGAGGUUUUGGUUUCUAGACAAAACAAUAGUGAAAUGAACACUUACACUUGUGGUGAAUUUGACAAAUGCUUUACUCAGAGUGACAAUCUUCAAAGUCAGCAGAGAAUUUAUCCAGGAAAGAAAUCUUACAAAUAUAGUGAAAGUGACAAAUGCUUUACCCAAACUUCCCAUCUUAGUAUUCAUCAUACAAUUCAUUCAGGAGAGAAACCUUACAAAUGUAGUGAAUGCGACAAAUGCUUUACUGACAAAUGCACUCUGAGAAAGCAUCAGAGAAUUCAUACAGGAGAGAAACCUUACAAAUGUAGUGAAUGCGACAAAUGCUUUACUGACAAAUGCACUCUGAGAAAGCAUCAGAGAAUUCAUACAGGAGAGAAACCUUAUAAAUGUAAUGAAUGUGACAAAUGCUUUACUGACAAAGGCAGUCUGAGAGUUCAUCAGAGAAUUCAUACAGGAGAGAAACCUUACAAAUGCAGUGAGUGUGACAAAUGCUUUACCCAACCAUCCCAUCUUAGUAUUCAUCGUAGAAUUCAUUCAGGAGAGAAACCUUACAAAUGUAGUGAAUGCGACAAAUGCUUUACUGACAAAUGCACUCUGAGAAAGCAUCAGAGAAUUCAUACAGGAGAGAAACCUUACAAAUGUAGUGAAUGCGACAAAUGCUUUACUGAGAAAUUCACUCUGAGAAAGCAUCAGAGAAUUCAUACAGGAGAGAAACCUUACAAAUGUAAUGAAUGUGACAAAUGCUUUACUGACAAAGGCAGUCUGAGAGUUCAUCAGAGAAUUCAUACAGGAGAGAAACCUUACAAAUGCAGUGAGUGUGACAAAUGCUUUACCAAACCAUCCCAUCUUAGUAUUCAUCGUAGAAUUCAUUCAGGAGAGAAACCUUACAAAUGUAGUGAAUGCGACAAAUGCUUUACCCAACCAUCCCCUCUCAGUAUUCAUCGUAGAAUUCAUUCAGGAGAGAAACCUUACAAAUGUAGUGAAUGCGACAAAUGCUUUACUGACAAAGGCAGUCUCAGAGUUCAUCAGAGAAUUCAUAUAGGAGAGAAACCGUACAAAUGCAGUGAGUGUGACAAAUGCUUUACCCAACCAUCCCAUCUUAGUAUUCAUUGUAGAAUUCAUUCAGGAGAGAAACCUUACAAAUGUAGUGAAUGUGACAAAUGCUUUACUCACAAAGGCUCUCUGAGAGUUCAUCAUAGAAUUCAUGCAGGAGAGAAACCUUACAAAUGUAGUGAAUGUGACAAAUGUUUUACUGAGAAAAACGGUCUGAGAAGGCAUCAGAGAAUUCAUACAGGAGAGAAACCUUAUAAAUGCAGUGAAUGUGACAAAUGCUUUACCCGAAAAUCACAUCUUAGUAUUCAUCAGAGAAUUCAUACAGGAGAGAAACUGUACAAAUGCAGUGAAUGUGACAAAUGCUUUACCCAACAAUGCCAUCUUAGUAUUCAUCAGAAAAUUCAUUCAGGAGAGAACCUUACAAAUGCAAUGAAUGCGACAAAUGCUUUAGUGACAAACACAGUCUGAGAAGGCAUCAGAGAAUUCAUACAGGAGAGACACCUUACAAAUGUAAUGAAUGUGACAAAUGCUUUACCUGAAAAUCACAUCUUAGUAUUCAUCAGAUAAUUCAUACAGGAGAGAAACCUUACAAAUGUAAUGAAUGUGACAAAUCCUUUACUGAAAAUGGCUGUCUGAGAAUUCAUCAGAGAAUUCAUACAGGAGAGAAACCUUACAAAUGUAAUGAAUGUGACAAAUGCUUUACCUGAAAAUCACAUCUUAGUAUUCAUCAGAUAAUUCAUACAGGAGAGAAACCUUACAAAUGUAAUGAAUGUGACAAAUCCUUUACUGAAAAUGUCUGUCUGAGAAUUCAUCAGAGAAUUCAUACAGGAGAGAAACCUUACAAAUGUAGUGAAUGUGACAAAGCUUUACUGAGAAAGUCAAUCUGAGAAGGCAUCAGAGAACUCAUACAGGGGAGAAUUCUUACAAAUGUAUUGAAUGUGACAAAUGUUUUGCCCAGAAAUCCUAUCUUGUUUUUAAUCACAGAAAUCAUACAUUAAAGAAGCCUUACAAAUGCAGUCAAUGUGACAAAUGAUUUUCCCACAAACUUAGUCUGAGAAUGCAUCAGAGAAUUCAUACAGUAGAGAAAACUUACAAAAAUGCAGUGAAUGUGAUAAAUGCUUUACUAAUAAAGGCAGACUGAGAAUUAAUCAGAUAAUUUAUACAUUUAAAAAAACCCUUACAAGUAUUUUGUAUGUGAUAAAUGCAGUACCCACAACAUCAGUCUGACAAAUCAACAGAUAUUUCAAACAGUAGAGCAACAUUAUAAAUGAAAUGAAUGAGAUAGUCCUUUAACAAGAAAUAUCAUCUUAAAAUUCACUGGAGAAUUCUUCCAAAAGGGAAACUUUUCAAAUACAUUGACGGUUUGAAUCCUUUAUUUUGGCCUAUCUCUUAGAAUGUAAUAGAUAAUUUAUACAGGCAAGAAUCUUAACAAAUAUAAUAUAUGCUGAAAUAUCUUUGACUUCAUUUCAGUGCAGAAAAAAUAUGUAAAAAAAAUUUUUAUGGGAAAAAUAGUUCUCCUGGGGAAAUGUGGCAUAUGUUUUACACGGGUAAUAUUCUUUUCAACAGUCAGUGCUCUAAACUAGAGAAUUAUUAUGAAUCUGAAAACUUUUGAAAACCUUCAUGCAAUGUUCAAAUCUUAGAUAAUGUCAACUAUUAUGCUGGCAGUAACUCUGAAUAUAUGAUAGUGAAGAAACAUUUUCAUUAAACUUUUACUUGUUCACCCUCAAAUAUUAUAUGAUGAAGUCAGGUGUGAAAGCCAGAAGAAUAUGAUGUUGUGCAACAAUUCAUGGAGAUAGAAAUGAUCCAUUCCAAAAGGAAACUAAAUAAAGUGUACUAUCGCCUUCAAAAUGUCUAAUAAAACUGGCAGCAUUUUGUAUAUUUAAUUCAAAUGAAGAAAUUGACACAGAUUGUAGUUGAUAGUGUAUUUGACAAACUGAGCCACCAAGACUGCAUGUUCUUAAUCCUAUAAUAUGCCUACAGAUGUGAAGUGUGCUUUGAGUAUCCAGUAUUCAUUAUUCUUAUCACGUCAAUGUGACAAAUGAUUUAUUGGUUUCACGUUUCAGGAUAGUGACUGACUAUGAGUCCCUUAUGCUCUGUCAACAUCUCCUUCCUCAUUGCCCUGUAAAUAAAGCUGAAUAUUUUAACAAGGUU